AUGGCGUACAAUGAGACGCUUCUGGAGAAGUACCGGGGGCUUGUGCGACGCGGGGAGCCGUUUCGCAGCUCAACGUGCCCGUACUGCAACGGUCCUCGCAGCGCGGGGAUAAAACACAUUGACCCGAAGAGGAAACCCCAAUCGCCGUGGGACUUUUGGGACAACAUCGUCUGCGCCCCCACUGCAGCACGGAGCAAUGACGGUAGCGAUGCACACGACCAUGUGGGGAAUGAAGGGGUAGCGUUGGGUGCAGAACAAACCCAUCGGGCCCCGCCGCGGCGGAGGCCAAUGUACGUUGUAGGGCCGAUGGUGGAUCAGAGCGAACUGCCAUUCCGAAUGCUCUGCCGCCGCUACGGAGCAACGCUGGCGUACAGUCCUAUGUUGCAUGCCAGGAGCUUUGCACAGAGUGCUCAGUACCGUGCACGUUACUUCUCCACAACCCCGCACCGCGCUGAACUAGCGAUGACGGCAACAGCCUCAGGAGAAGGGGAAGCAGCAGAAGAUGCGGGGAGAACGAGUGAUGGAGAAGAAACAGACCAUCCGCUUUUUGUGCAAUUUUGCGGAAAUGACGCCGACACGCUUCUCGCCGCGGCGCGUCACGUGGAGGACGACUGCGAGGCAGUUGAUGUCAACCUUGGCUGUCCGCAAGGCAUCGCCCGCCGUGGCCACUACGGCUCGUUUCUCAUGGAGGACUGGGAUCGUGUGCACAACAUCCUGCACUGCCUCGCAGUCGAGCUGCGGGUGCCGGUGACUGCGAAAAUGCGUGUGUUUGACGACGACGCCUUGACGCUGAAGUACGCGGAGAUGCUGCGCGACACCGGCAUUGCUGUCCUUUGCGUGCAUGGCCGAACGCGGCACAACAAGAGAGGAAUUGCGGACAUGGAAAAGAUACGGCGUGUACGCGAGCACCUGCGCGGGUCCAUUCCUGUCAUUGGGAACGGUAAUGUAUUGACAUUUGAGGAUGUGCGGCGUAAUAUGUCGGCAACAAUGACGGAUGGUUACAUGUGCGCCGAGCCGCUGCUGUGGGAUCCGCGUCUUUUUGCAGCGCCGCUUCACCCUGUGCGCAACGGGCGGUGUUUUGCCGAGCGCCGUGAGGCACGACUGGACGCCAUUCGGACGGCGCAGGAGUAUCUGCAGUUUGUGCAACGCUACCCCGUUGAUCUCGCAUUUGUAAAGGCGCAUCUCUUCAAGAUGCUGUUUCACAGCUAUGAGAUGCACCCGGUAAUGCAUGGGUGGCUCACGAAUUUCAGCUGCAACGGUCGAGGUGGCAACAAUAACAACAACGCCGGCAGCGACGUCAACGGAGAAGUGGAGGAUGGCGACAUCGACGAUGGCAGGAGCCCUGACGGCGCCAGCAAGAGCGGCAGCGGCAAUGCGAACAAAGCGGAGAGCAACGUGAAGCAAGCGGCGGGUAAUUUGGACUUUUUUGCAUUUGCGAUGGAUGCGCUCGGUGAGCACCUGCGGCAGCUGUACGCGGCGGAGGUCUCGUGCGGCGUGGAGGGCCCGCAGCCGAAACGGGCACACGAGCGCGAGAAGGACGUCAAUGAGGACACGUCUUCCUCGGCGGAAAGAAAGGUGGAGACGUCACACGACGCAUUUGCCGAGGACGACGUUUUUGGCAUUGACUUUGAUUUAAACAAAAAAUAA